AUGGCGCAAGCUCAUAAGUUCUCUCAGGUUGAGUACUCACAUUUUGGUAGCAUCCAAUUUGAUGUGCCACGGCCAGCGCCACCAAAUACGUCUUUUUUGUUUGUCGUCAAGACACCAGAUUCUGGGGUCUUAUCUAGGUCUUCAAGUCGUUCUGCUGCUGCUAGUAUCAACAGUCAUGCGCAGCGUUGGGCCCAGGAGAUUGGAACUGUCAAGGAGAAUCAACCACUUCACAAUGCCGCUGCGCCCGGCGUCAAUUCAGAUCUUCGAUUUGAAAGCUGCGUGACGAGGUGUCGUCUUGACCGCCUGGGGAUCAGUGAGGGUAAAGCUUCUAAGUCCAAGCGGUCAACUGCUGUGAGUGGUGCCACAGCGUCUCCUAAGUUAUUACCUGUCCAAAAGCUGAAGAGUAUUGCCUCUUCUGAAUCACCCACUGCGGUUUCGAGUAAAAAGCUCAAGUCGAGUAGACAAGCCAUCAGCCGUUUGCCCGCCACAUGUGCAAGCAAGCUUGAUCAGAUGUCUCCGACAGAUCCAACUUUCGGUCUCUCCUCAGCGCCGCCCAUUCUCGAUUACAUCCGAAUGUCUCCUCUAUCUUUGGAUGGCAAUGCGCAAUUAGUUCUUCAGUACUACUUGUCGUUCGUUUUGCUAUCGACAGCCGAUGCUUCGCAUCGCACGACACCACUAGAUUCAAGUCUAAACAAGCAUUCCUCAACCAUCAAAGCUAUCGUGCAAGGAUGCUUGCAGGAAGACAUCCAUUUGUAUGCUCUUUUGGCUGCCACAGCCAGUCGGAUGAAACGUGUCUCGGGGGUCCAAUUCGCUGCCGACCAUGGCCCUGAAAGUUAUCUAUCAAAAGCCAUUCAAUGUUUACGAGCCCUUCUCACCGUGGAGACAGCUUCAUCCGAUCGUCAAAUCAUCCUCGAUAUCUAUUAUCUCAGCGUCUGUGAGUGGUAUCUGGGUAGCUAUGACGCUGCCAAUACGCAUUUCACUUUCUUGAAGCAUUUGCUAAAGUCGCUGCCUCAAGGAUUCUCUGAGUUUGACCAGUAUGUCGCUGACAUGCUCUCCUAUGAUGAUUGCUGGUUGAGACCUAGCCCCGUUCGAAGUCGUCUCAAUUCAGCGUCUUCCACUUCCCCUUCACCUUCGACUUUUCGAUCCUCUAUGCUGUCUUAUCGCAAACUACCCCCGAAACCAUCACAUCACGAAAAGAUGGCAGCCGAAGCAUGUUGUUCGGCCUUUGAUCUGGCCCUGCAAGGCCCCACUUACAGUCAAGACCUUAGGGGCAUAAUCCAAGAACUGCCCCCAAUUUGCAACCUCUUCCGGAGUUUCAAUCGACACACGCCCGAGGAAGCAAACGGUACAAGCCUGGUGCCUAACAAAGUGGUCGCUAGCUACACCGAACUGGCUCAACGUCUACUUGAGAAUCCAAGUUAUGGAAAUGAGCUAUGUUGCAGGUUGGCACUUGUGCUGAUACUACGCUACAUGGUACGUGGAGCAAUUGAGACGAAUUAUGAUACUCAAUCCACCGAAUCAACAAUGGCUCUGCAGCGCCUAAGACGCCAGCUACAGUAUGAAAUUCUACUCCCUUCGAAUGAAAUCUCUCUCAGCAGCAAGCAGAUUUGGGCUUCUGGAAACAUACAGCCGGCUUCAAAACAAGACGGUCCACCACACUUUCCCGCUUCAUCAUUGUCAUCGCCACUAUCUACACCAAAAUCACCUACCACUCCUUCAUCCAGACCACACAGCAAAAUCUGGACCGGCCACUCCAAUGAGCUCCUAUUGUGGAUCCUCGUCACAGGACUCUUCGCCGCUCGACAGCAAUCCACAUCCAGUCUCAAUUCCAAUAAAGAUGAUAUUGAUAGUGACGAUGGCGAAGAAGUGCAUUGGUUUGGCACAAGAGCUAUGGCGUUGAUACAAUUUCUGGACAUCAAGUCACACGAUCGCCUGACAGACAUGAUGGUGUCUUUCUUUUGUGUGGAUGAAAUGCUAUACGAUGAUAUACUGAUACGAAGUUGGCCAGCCUAG